UAAUCCCAGCUCAGAAGAAGACGGAUUAUGUUUGGUACUGAUAUUUCCAACAGUUUCUGAACUGCACACCACCCUGAACUGAACACCGGGGCCUUCAUCUCCUCUCUCACCGGGUAUCAGCCACCAGCAACCGGCCAUGGCACGGAGGUUCUUCGUCGGGGGAAACUGGAAGAUGAACGGAAAUAAGGAGAGCCUGGAACAGCUGAUCACCACUCUGAACACCGCCAGCCUGGACGAUCAGACCGAAGUGGUGUGUGCUGCUCCUUCCAUAUAUCUGGAUUUUACUCGGUCCCUUCUAGAUCCUAGAAUCGGGGUCUCAGCCCAGAACUGCUACAAAGUGGCUAAAGGAGCAUUUACAGGAGAGAUCAGCCCAGCCAUGAUAAAGGACUGCGGGGCAGACUGGGUGAUCCUCGGACACUCAGAGAGGCGCCAUGUGUUCGGGGAAAGUGAUGAGCUAAUCGGCCAAAAGGUUGCUCACGCGCUGGAGAGCGAUCUCGGAGUGAUCGCCUGUAUCGGUGAGAAGCUGGAGGAGCGAGAGGCAGGUUCCACAGAAGAAGUCGUCUACGCUCAGACGCAGGUUAUUGCAGAAAAUGUGACGGACUGGGAGAAAGUGGUGCUUGCAUAUGAACCUGUUUGGGCCAUCGGCACUGGAAAGACAGCCACACCUGAGCAGGCUCAGGAAGUUCAUGAAAAGCUGAGGGCUUGGUUCAGAGCAAAUGUAUCAGAUGAUGUGGCUGAUUCCCUGCGCAUCAUUUAUGGAGGUUCAGUCACUGGCGCAAACUGCAGGGAGCUGGCUUCUCAGGGCGACGUGGACGGCUUUCUGGUUGGAGGAGCCUCUCUGAAACCGGAGUUUAUUGACAUCAUCAACGCACGUGCAUAAAGUGGAAAGACGAUCAUUAAACUGGGAUCAUUUUCACACUAUUCUGUCACACCUCAUUUUUAUGAGAACUAAGUUGACUUAUACACAAACAAAUGUCUGUUUUACCUGAAUAUGUUGUUUUUUAUGUAAUUUUAAUGCUUAUUUGUCUAAAAAGUGAGAUAUAAUUACCACUGACAUAUUUUCAGCAGUUUUUAAGUUGAAAAGUGUAUGUUUACUUACUUAAUGUGAUUUUUUUUCACUCCUGUAUUCCAACACACAGUGUGUAAUAAUUACUGUUCUAGACAUAAUUCCCUUAGAUUAACAUAUGCAAAGGAAAUGUGAAGAGUCAGUGACUCUCAAUAGGUCUAAAAGCUUUAUGACUGUAUGUAGCUUAACCUGGCUCAGGUUGCACUUUAGAAAACGUAGCAAUCAGGGAACUGGUCAUUGUACACUGGAAGCAAAUAAAUAAAAUGUGGAAACACA